UUUUUUAUAAAUUAUCUGCUGUACAAAUCCCUCCCUAAAAAAUCAUCAAAUAAAAAUAAAAAUAGAAGAAAAAAAAAAUCCACCAUCGUACUUGAAAUCGACCUCCUUUUUUCCCUUUUUUUCUGGAGCUCUAAUUUUCUUCUUCUCUUAAUAAUCCAUUCAAAUGGGGAUAAAAGUAUUGGCCCUUUCCCUUCCCUCUCCAGCCUCUCACUGGGAGAGACUGUCAUCAUCUAAUCAAGCCAGCACACGAGGAGUAAUAGAGAUGGGUGUUUUAGAGCUUGGCUCUUCUAAUCUCACUCAGUCAGCUUCUUUAUCUGCAAGAUGUAUUCCCAGACCAGCAUGUACAACUCAGGCGCCGAACCAAUUACCUGGACAUCAGAUGGAAGUUUGGAAUAGAUCAUCUCGUUUAAAGAAAUCAUUAGUAGCCAAAUAUAACCCAACAUUUCAUGAUCCACCUUCACAUGGCCACAGGAGAUCAUUCGAGACACUUUCAUCAGCUUCGGACGUAGUGAUGACCUCUAAAGCUCAGGAAGUAGCAAGCACACUCCUUACUGGUAAUGAAAAAGUUGGCGUAUUGCUGCUCAAUCUUGGAGGUCCAGAGACCCUUGAAGAUGUGCAACCUUUCUUGUUCAAUCUUUUCGCUGACCCGGACAUUAUUCGACUUCCUAGGAUGUUCCGUUUUCUUCAGAAGCCUUUGGCACAAUUUAUAUCUGUUGCCAGAGCACCCAAGAGCAGAGAAGGCUAUGCUUCCAUUGGUGGCGGUUCUCCACUGAGGCAGAUAACAGAUGCACAGGCAGAAGAAUUGAGGAAGGCCUUGUGUGAGAAAAAUGUCCCAGCAAAGGUGUAUGUUGGAAUGCGUUAUUGGCAUCCUUUCACUGAAGAAGCCAUUGAACAGAUAAAACGGGACGGAAUAACAAAACUUGUUGUGCUUCCUCUUUAUCCACAAUUCUCCAUAUCAACUAGUGGCUCAAGCCUUCGUUUGUUAGAGGGUAUAUUCAGGGAGGAUGCAUAUUUAGUUAACAUGCAGCAUACAGUUAUACCUUCAUGGUACCAGCGUGAAGGAUACAUUAAGGCCAUGGUUAGUUUAAUCGAGCAGGAGCUGCGUAAAUUUGGAUCUCCUGAAGAGGUUAGGAUUUUUUUUAGUGCUCAUGGAGUACCUCUCGCAUAUGUGGAAGAAGCCGGAGAUCCAUAUAAAGCAGAAAUGGAGGAGUGUGUGGAUUUAAUAAUGGAAGAACUGGAAAAGCGAGGAAUCACAAAUGCAUACACCCUUGCCUACCAGAGCCGAGUUGGACCGGUGGAAUGGUUGAGGCCAUAUACUGAUGAGACAAUUAUCGAGCUCGGGCAGAAAGGAGUUAAAAGCCUUCUAGCUGUCCCAAUUAGUUUUGUGAGUGAGCACAUUGAAACCCUUGAAGAAAUUGAUGUCGAGUACAAAGAGCUCGCUUUAAAGUCUGGCAUUGAAAAGUGGGGGAGAGUUCCUGCUUUAGGAUGUGAACCUACGUUCAUUGCAGAUCUUGCAGAUGCGGUAAUUGAAAGUCUUCCUUAUGUUGGAGCAAUGGCAGUCUCAAAUCUCGAGGCUCGUCAGUCUCUCGUCCCAUUAGGGAGCGUGGAGGAGCUACUGGCAGCAUACGACACCAAGAGAGGAGAGCUUCCUCCUCCGGUGACUGUAUGGGAGUGGGGAUGGACCAAGAGCGCCGAGACAUGGAAUGGGCGAGCAGCGAUGUUGGCAGUGCUCGCUCUCUUGGUCUUGGAAGUCACCACCGGCCAAGGCUUUUUGCACCAAUGGGGAAUCCUUCCCUUGUCUUGAUGACAACAAUGAUGGUGAAAUUAAAGGUGAAAAAAAAAUUGUUCGUCUCUUAUCGUUAUAUAACUGUUAUGGAUUUUUCGAUAUGGGUAUUUCUGUUGAUUAUUUACCCUCAAAUGUCUUCAUAACAGUGCUCUAGAAUACACGAAGACAUCGUUAUCAAUUACUAUAUAUUUUAUAUGUACUGGAAUGUGAUACUCAAACUUGCAACAUUUAACCUGGACAAGGAAGCAAUAGUGUUUUUUUAACUUGUU